AUGCACUCGACGCGGCCGAUCCUCAUUGGAGGCAGUGGCAGCCAGCGCAGCUCCCCCGGCACGCGCAGUCCCAACAGCGUCGCACUGGCGUCGCACUCGCUGCCUGCAGACAUGCACCACGUCCACCUCUCGCGCUUCCGGACGAGCGCAAGCGGCGCGCGGUCCAGUGGACUGCAGCCACCGCGAGCGCCUCUAGUGGGUUCAAUGCCCGAGCCGCAUUUCUUACCAGUGGAGACCAUGCCGGACUUGGCGCUGGGUCCACGUGCUGAGACACGUGACGAGCCGUCGCUGCCGCAACGAGCCCCUGCUGCUGUCGUUCAGUUUGCGAGCUCUUGUCCCGGGAACAUUGCGUUUUUGAGGAGGAACGUAACGAGAAGCGCGUGGACGCCCACACUCGCGCCACAUGCAGUCGACCAGGACGAUUUCGAUCUGUCGAAGAGUCCUGCGCUCGCUGCGUUAAGAGAGAGGGGUCGACACGGCAACAUUGCGUCCGAAGAAGGAGAAGAGAGUGCAAGAGAGUCAGAUGAACAACACUACGGCAUGCCACGAUACGACUUGCAGAUACCAACAGAUCCGAGACGGAGGUCUGAGCGGCACGGAUCGUGUGGAAAUAUGUCGGAUACUGGUGACACGGGCAUCUUUGAAUUUGAUGAUCAAUAG